AUGGCAGAGACAUCGCCCGUGCGAUCUUCGCGCCGGACGGCGUCGCGGCGCACACUUGUGGUGGAAAGUGAUGAUUCGGACGCGGAGAAUUCGGUCGUCAGUAGACAGGACGACGACGACGAGGAGGAGGAGUUCACACCCGCACCAAAAGCCACGCGAGCAUCACGCAAACCAGCGAGCGAUGCGAUACCACGGAGGAGGACAGUGGCAUCUCGGAGAACCACACGCCAAUCUGUCGAGCCGUCCAUUGAACCAUCUCAGGUGUUUAGCCCGCCGGAAAGCGUUGCUGAAGAGCCCGCAUCGCCCGCAAAGAAGUCUGCACCCAAACGACGCAGUGUGAAGGAUGCUCGCGCUGCAAGGCAGAGUCGCGGUGCCUCAAGAGCCUCCAUCGUUCCGGAUUCGCAGGAGACAGAGGUUCCGCCUCCACUUCCUACACCGCAGCAAACAGCAUCCCCGUCACCCGAUGCGAACUCCCGGCAGGGCACUCCACUGACGGAUAUUACGGAAUCUGCAAUCAACGAUCAAACGCCCCGUCAGGCGGCCCGAUCCCAUACGCCUAUCGAUGAUCUUCCCGAUGCAAGUGAGAACAUGUCGACACCGAAGAAGACGCCGAAUGACGAUGUUGAGAUGGAGGAUGCAAUGGAUACCACCGAAGUCCCGCCAACACCCAAGACGGAAGCCAGAGUGAAAAAAGUGGACGCCAAUGUUACCAAGCUGGAUCGACCAAUGGAUAUUGUUGUUCGCAAGAGAGCUGUAGGCGUGCCGCAAUCGCAAGAGCCCGUUGAGCCAAAGGCACGCAUGACUAUCACGUAUCUCAUAAUGACCAACUUCAAGUCGUAUGCCGGAAGACAGCAAGUUGGGCCUUUCCACGCUUCCUUCUCCUCGGUCGUUGGUCCGAACGGUUCGGGCAAGAGCAAUGUCAUCGACUCUCUGCUGUUCGUCUUCGGGUUUCGUGCUAGCAAGAUGCGCCAAGGCAAGAUCUCUGCACUCAUCCAUAACAGUGCUCAGUAUCCUGAUCUCGACUUCUGCGAGGUUGAAGUCCACUUCCAGAUGGUCAUGGAUCAACCUGAGGGCGGAUCAGUUGUCGUUCCCGAUUCGCAGCUGGUAGUGUCCCGACGAGCAUUCAAGAACAACGGUAGCAAAUACUACAUCAACGGGAAGACUUCGGAUUUCACGACCGUCACGACAUUGCUUAAGGACCGUGGCAUCGACCUUGACCACAAACGCUUUCUUAUCCUGCAAGGCGAGGUGGAGUCCAUCGCGCAGAUGAAACCAAAAGCUGCCAACGAGCACGAUGAUGGUCUGCUAGAGUACCUCGAGGAUAUCAUUGGAACGUCCAAGUACAAAGCACCCAUCGAUGAGGCGGCCAAGGAAACGGAGGAGUAUAACGAUGWGUGUUUGGAAAAGAGCGGCCGCGUACAGCAUGUGGAGAAGGAGAAGAAUGGUCUUGAAGGGAAGAAGGACAAGGCUUUGGCAUACAUUAGGGACGAGAACGACUUGGCCUCAAAACAGUCCGCACUUUACCAGAUCUACGUCGCGGAGUGUGGCGACAACAUUCAAGUAUCUGAAGAGGCUAUAGGCCAGAUUCAAGAGCAGCUGGAUGCCGAACUCACACGACAUCAAGGAGCCGAAGAUGUGAUCAAAGCUCUCGAGAAGGAGUACAAGGCGGAGUCAAAAGCUUACGAGAAGACCGCAAAAGAGACUGAAGCACUCAAAAAGCAAGCCGACGACCUCGACAAAGCCUCUGUCAAGAUCGAGGAGAAGAGGAAGCAUCUCAAGAACAAGGAGAAGAAGCUUGAGAAAACCCGAGAUGCCUCCAAGUUCGAGAUAUCCCAAUCUCAGACAUUGGCCUCACAAGCCGAGCAGGACAUUGAGCGUCUAACCGCUGAGAUAGAAGAGCUGGAACAGGAAAUGCAGAUGGAAGACAAGGAGCUCGCCAAAAUUCGAAAUGCCCUCAAAGGAAAGACGCAGGGGAUCAGUGACGAGAUUGCCGCAAAGCAAAAGCAGCUCGAGCCUUGGAGUGCCAAGAUCAACGAAAAACAGUCCUCCAUGGCUGUCGCACAGAGUGAGCUAGACAUCCUGCGAGAGCGAGAGAGCUCGGGCGCUACAGCCAUCUCUGAAGUAGAAGCAAAGAUUGCGGCCCUUCAAGAACAGCGAGAAAUCAAAGCUGCCGAGAUUGACGCUUGUAAGAAGCAACGCAAGGCUGCGGAGAAGGAGAUACAAGACGUGCAAAGCAAGCUUGAGAAUGUAAACGCCAGAGAGCCGGCCCUCAAGACCAAGCUCUCUAACGCGAGACAAAAGGCUGAUGAAGCACGCGCAAGCUUGUCAGCCACUCAGAGCCAAGGGAACGUGCUUGCUGGACUUACUCGUCUCAAAGAGUCUGGCCGAAUUGAUGGUUUCCACGGACGUCUGGGCAACCUUGGUGCUAUUGACGCCAGGUACGAUAUCGCCAUUUCGACCGCGUGUCCUUCUCUUGAUAACAUGGUCGUCGAUUCUGUCGAGGCGGCGCAGCAAUGCAUUGAAUACCUGCGGAAGAACAACCUUGGCCGUGCCAACUUCAUUUGUCUAGACAGGCUAGCGCAGCGCGAUAUGUCGCCCAUUCAAACUCCUGAGAACUGCUCAAGGCUCUUCGAUCUGGUCAAGAGUCGGAACGAGCGCUUUCUUCCGGCCUUUUACAGCGUGUUGCAGAACACGCUCGUAGCAAAUGACUCUCAGCAAGCAGACCGCGUUGCAUACGGAGCCAAGCGAUGGCGAGUAGUCAGUCUGGAGGGUAAGCUGAUUGACAAGUCUGGUACCAUGAGCGGUGGUGGAACACGUGUGGCACGUGGAGCAAUGUCGUCCAAGGUCGCGGGUGAUACAACCAAGGAGCAGGUCUCGAAAAUGGAGAUCGAUCGAGAGGCUCUCGAAAAGGAAUAUUCUGCAAUUCAACACGAGCAACGUGAGCUUGACGGACAGGCACGGGAAUUGCAAAGUCAGAUCCCAAAACUCGAUACCAAGGCACAAAAGCUCGGCUUGGAGUUGGGAAGCAUCGAUCGCAACAUCGAAGACGCGCAGCAACGUAUUGAAGAGCUGACUGCCGAGUUGAAGGGUGCCAAGUCAGACAAGAGCAAGCUUGCCAGUCUAGAGAAGGGCAUCGUUGCCAUGCAGAAAGAGAUUGAGAAACUUCAAUCCGAAACAGAAGGAAUUGAGGGAGAGAUCAAGGAGCUGCAAGACAAGAUUAUGGAGAUUGGAGGUGUAAAGCUGCGCGGACAGAAAGCCAAGGUCGACGGGCUCAAAGAGCAGAUUGACCUGCUGACGGAGUCGCUGAAUGCGGCCGAAGUUUCGAAGACCAAAGCCGAGAAGCAGCGCGUGAAGCAUGAGAAGGUCCACAGCGAUUCUGGUGACGAGCUGGCGAAGAUUGCCAACGAUAUCGAGAAGGUUGAAGGCGAUAUGUCAGCCCAGAAUACUGAUAACUCUGGACUGAGGAGGCAGGUCGAUGAGGCCACUGUUGCUCUCGAGGAGAAAAUGGACGUGAUUGAACAAAUGAAGAAGUCACUGGAGGAGCAUCGAGAAGAACUUAACAACACUCGCGGAGCAGAAGUUGAGAUGCGCAAUAAGCUGGAGGAGAAUAACAAGCAUCUCGCCGAAAAUCAGAAGCGACUGCGCCAUUGGCAGGAGAAACUCGGCAAGCUCACUCUGCAGAAUGUGAGCGAAGAAGGCGAAGAGAAGGACCCGGAGCCUGUGCCUGAACUGAGCCGCGAUGAGCUCGAAGAUCUAGACAAGGAUGACCUGAAGGCCUCAAUUGCCUCGCUGGAAGAACGCACUUCUCAAUCUGUGGAGCUGUCUGUUCUCGCAGAGUACCGCCGCAGAGUCAACGAGUACACCACACGUCUUGCGGACCUUAACGAAUCUCUUGAAAGGCGAGAUGGCGCAAAAAAACGCACCGACGACCUCCGCCGAAUGCGACUAGAAGGCUUCAUGGAGGGCUUCUCUACCAUCUCCCUCCGACUGAAGGAAAUGUACCAGAYGAUCACCAUGGGCGGUAACGCGGAGCUGGAACUCGUGGACUCCCUCGAUCCAUUCUCCGAAGGUAUCUUGUUCUCCGUCAUGCCUCCCAAGAAGAGUUGGAAGAAUAUCGGCAAUCUUUCUGGAGGUGAGAAGACGCUGAGCUCUCUGGCGCUGGUCUUUGCGCUGCAUCAUUACAAGCCCACACCGCUUUAUGUCAUGGAUGAGAUCGAUGCCGCGUUGGAUUUCAGGAACGUGAGCAUUGUCGCCGCAUACAUUCGGGAGAGGACGAAGAAUGCGCAGUUUAUUGUUAUUUCGUUACGGAACAACAUGUUUGAGUUGGCGUCGAGGUUGGUGGGAGUUUACAAGACGAAGAGUGUGACUGUUGAGAAUGAGGAUUAUAUUGUGCCGAGGGUACAGUAG